GUAUUUUUGGAGCGUGUUUACGUACUUGAAGCUUUUUUGACAAGUGAAUAUUUUUUUUAAUAUAUAUUUGGAGAGUUUGUAAAUACAGUAUUUAAAAAGCAAGAGCCUUAUUAAGCUCACAUCCGUUGCCGGCGAUCUCUUCAAAAGAUCCGUUUUUAAUUUGCUUGGGAUCAAUUAAUACACAUAAAAAUGGCGAUCUGAAUCUCGCAAAUUAUUUUAAAAACCUGCAUGGGAGCAUGAAAACAAUCAGUAGGUACUGUGCCCAGUAGUUUGAGAUCCGAUGCGAGUUCAUUUGCCAAUGGAAUGACCCUUUUGAGGACGAUGCUUACUCUGUGAAAAUGUCUAGAGGAUAUGGAAAAUACAGAAGAGGAGGUGGGACACACUCUGGGUUUCACUUUGAUAGUUUAUUCAAAGAAAACACUAACAAGCCCUCCGCUGCAAGAUCUGCCGCCAGCGUAGGGAAAUGGGGCAUCACAUCUUUUACCUCCAUACGUACACUAAAUGGCGCUCCUCGUUCGGAGAACGCAUCAACUGCAGCUGCGACACCUGCCCCGGAUGCGACUCCAAAGCCUAAAAAAUUCUUCAAGAGUCGCAAUACCGAUCCGCCCGAUCCUCAGCCUACAACCAAAACCCCGCCUGCCAAGAGGUCCAGGCUGGCAAAAGAUAAAGAUCCUCCAGAGAAGACCCGGGAACAGCCGACGAGGAAGUUCUUCUCCUCGAAGAGCUCUUCAGCAUCUUCCACUGUUCUGUCACAGCAGGAUAAAAAGACUGUCCUAACCUCAAAUGUAAAUAAGCGCGAGAAAGAGAAGGAGAAACCGAGUGAACCCCCAAAACCGCCAAUUGUUUUGAGGAUAUGCAGAGGGAAGUCGCAGUUGCUGAACGAUUCUGAUGAAUCUGAGAGUACCCCAACCCCGUCCAGCACACCCACAUCGUCAAAUGCAACAUCACCAAGGGCUGCUAAGGAUACUGCUAGGCCGGCCAAUUGCAGAAUCACCCGUUCCGCGCGGCGUAGCAUGCAGCAAGACAAUCCUGAUAGUUCUCCCGCUACGGCAGACACGCCCGGCGAGUUUUCGCUCUUCCUUAGCCCCAGAGAAACGGAGCCGGGAUACUCGCCCCAAUACAUCCCUGCCGAGAAGUAUGAAUUGGAGAGGAAGGCGAUGUACGAUAACCUGCUCAGGCCGAACUCGCCUUCCAUGGAAGGAGAAAGGGACAGCUGCGAGGAGAGGAAAGAAAUAACAGAGGAGGAGACUGAAGAGGCGUUUGAAAAAGUUGAAGAGGAUAAUGGCGUAGCUACUGAGGACGUAGAAAUUGAAAAUAAAGAAGAGUGCAGGAGGCCUGAAGUGGACGACAUGGAGAUUGAAGAGCCGCUGGACCCAAAACCCAUCAUUGACCAAACCAAACAUAAAACAGAUGAAGAAAUGGAGGAAGAACAACUCAAGGAACCUGAAGCUACACCACAUCCGCCCGCAGAAGAGCAAGCAGCGGCAGAGCCCGAGGAAGUGGGCAAAGAGGAUGAAAACGUAACCAGUGCAGUCAGUGAAGAACCCCAAAAAGCAAAGAACCUCAUUCAAGAAGAUUGGUCUACAGAUACGGACACGAAUAGCAGCGUCGCGGAAGCCGAGACGAAAACUGCGCCUGAAGUAGAAGAAUAUAUGGUCAAUAAGGUCGAAGAGAAUAAAGACAAGCUUCUAGAUAAAAUUCUGGAGCCGCCUAGUUCGACGUGCAACCAACUGGACGGCGCUGCCGCACCACCACCUCCUGUCAAGUUGGUAAUUAGCAAAAAGAAGGGAUGCAUCUUCAAGAGCCGCAGCAAAGAGGUGGAAGGUGAUGGCACUGGAUCCGCAGGAGUGGUUGGGGGUAGAAAAAGACGAGCUAUUUACAGGCAUAAAUGGACGACGGAUGAUAAAGAGACUGACAAAGAACUGAAUAAAGAAGGUGGAGAAGAGGACAGUGUAGGUAAUGCACAGAAGGUGACAGAAGGGGAAGUCGAUGAUGACUUUGGGUUUAAGGACGAUCCUUUGGAGAGGGUAGUAAGAGACAAAGGUGACAGUGAAGUUGCCAGUGUUAGGUGUACUAGGAGUGACAAAAAUUAUUACACAGUCGUCCGUAACGUAAAGAAAGCCCACCAGAUCCAAGAGAUCGGCGAGUUCCAAGAGUUCAACGAUGACGUAGAAUACAUCCUGGACGCUUUGCAAGACAACAAUCCCAUCAGCACCAGGUGCUUGUCGGCCAUCACGUUGGCAUCCAAAUGCAUGGCACCCGCGUUCAGGAUGCACGUUAGAGCGCAUGGGAUCGUGGCGAAGUUUUUCAAAGCGCUGCACGACGCUACCAAAGAUCAGAGCCUAGGCCUGUGUACAGCGACAGUAAUGUUCGUGUUGAGCCAGGACAGGCUAAAUAUGGAUUUGGACAGGGAUUGUCUGGAACUAAUGCUGGGUCUUCUGGAAUCGGACGUAAGCUAUCAACAGGCGUUGGACGUAUGCGGAUUAUCUAGCACUCAACUUGAGAAGAACAAAAGGAAAGUGCGAGAACUGUGCGCCGAGAUUCAGAGCAGGGGACAUGCGGUGCACCUCAACCUAGAAUCUAUAACGGUUGGACAAUUGGCUAUGGAGACGCUGCUGAGUUUGACCUCGAAACGAGCCGGAGAGUGGUUCAAAGAAGAACUGCGAGAACUAGGCGGUUUAGAACAUAUCAUGAAGACCGUGCACGAGUGCUGUAGGCAGGUUUCAGACUACGUGGUCACGUGGACGGACACGUUGCUGGAUAAGCUGAAAAAGGUCGAUAGGUGCUUGAGGGUACUUGAAAAUGUAACACACAACAAUGAAGAGAACCAGACAUACAUCCUGAAGUACAACGACGGCGCGAUCCUGGACACGUUGGUGAACUUGUACAAGUUGUGCGACGGUGAAAUACCGCUGUAUCCUGUCACCGACAUAUCGGAUAAAACGUCAACGGGGACUAUAAUCAGGGAGGCUCUUCUGGUCACGUUGAAAGUGCUGAUCAACCUUACGCAUCAUUUCAACAACCAGUCGUUUGGUAGUGAGCUGAUUGGCUGUAGGCCAGGCGUGAUUGAAACUAGCUUGCACUUAUUACUGCAAGUGCCCAAUUAUAUACCAGAACAGAAGAAGUUUGAGCUGGGAAUGUUGGUACUUAUGCUGCUUAUAAACUUAAUUCAAGACCAGGAAAGAAAUAAAAAGCUUCUUAUGGAUGCCAAAGCACCUUCUAAGCUGGAAAGCAUAUAUUCGCGGGAGGAAAGUGCCAUAGAGGCAUUGAUAGCUCAAUUUUACAACUGGGAGGCGUGUGCAAAGCUGGCUGAGAAAAAGACGAAUGCCAUUUUGGACGGCGAAAAGGAUACCGAAGAAGACAGUACAAGCCAAGCCAAGAGUACUGAAGAGUUUAUUGAAGAUACUGUUGCAAAACUGUUGCAGAAAGCUGGCACGCACAUGGAAUACACAUUCCUCGCCUCUUACAUUGGAAUGCUGGUCGGAUUCUUGAUUAUGGAGAAUCCAGAGAGGCAGAGCUUCGUCAGGCAGUUCCUGAGAGGCAGUAAUUUCUGCGAUAUGGUGGAAUUGCUUAAGAAGUUUUUCAACUUUAUGAAUCUAACUGCCUCGACGGAAGCGUCGAGCGUGUGCGCUAUCAAAGCGACCGAAAAGGUGAUCAAAUUUUUGGAAGAAUGUGAUAAGCCGAUCCCCGGUGAUCAAGUACCUGUAGCGGAGCCUUUCGAAAAGUCAAACUUUUCCGACACCGCGGGCAUCGAUUUGAGCUAUCAGCUGGUACCGUAAACUUACUGUACAUAUAAUUCCAGUGGACAAGUAAGAAAGGAAUGCCUUGGCGUGUUUUGAAAUCGUGGAAUAAUCGUAUGAUGCUAUGUCAAUUUCGGAGUCAAAGAAACGUCUCUUGAUCAUGGUUGAUCGAUCUUCUUUAGCUUGACCGUAGAAUGAAAAAAUGGUGCUUUGAAAAGGUGCAGUUCAGCCGAAACGUUAAUAAAUAGUUCCAAAAUAAACUUUCGGAAAAUUAAACAUUUUGACUUGAUGUUUUCAUCAGGUAUAUGUAUUAUCAAGAAACAUAUAGAUCUGAUUGUGGAUUUGUGUGCAAUUGUCAGCAGGGCAAUCACAAAAUCUUACAAACCUAUUCAGUCUUUUCUCGUUCGUUAAUUUGGUGACCCGAAAUUUAUGGCAGGCUUCAUAUAGUUUUGGGUGCUGGUAAUGACAAAGCUACUAUGAGUAGCAGCAGUGAGACGCCUUUUGUGCUUACCAGCCGUGUCAAGAAAAGUUCCUAAAACGUCAAGGCACUCUGAGCGAAAGAAAUGGCUCUGAUUUGAGCUAAAGGCAGUUGUAUAUCUCAUCUCGUACUGUUACAUUACCUUGAAGCUAUAUAAUAAAAUAGAGAGGGUGAUGUAAAGAUUUAUGUUCAGAUUAUUAGUAUUGUGUUUAGCGACGCGAGAGAUGCGUAUCAAAACCGAAACCAAAUGAACAGUAACGUUUGUGAUGGAAACAUCAUCGUGGUUGAAAAGUCAGUAUCCAAAGGAACAUUUGAUCACUAUUUUUUCUGGUGUACUUAUGAAGUUUUGGAGUUGGUGUGAGUAAAUAAUCGGAGUGAUUCUCAUUUUAUUUCCGUAAUCAGCUAUUAUAUUUCACUAUUUUUUUAUCUCCUCCUUGAAACAAUAAAUCGCUGAAACCAGAAAGAAAGUAAAAGUCUGAAACCAGAAAGAAAGUAAAAGUCUAAUCAUAUUAAAUAAUUAUAGUCUGGUUUUAUUGCUGCAAGGGAGUAUUCAAAACAUGAUCGUAUAAAAUGGGUACAUCAAUUUUUGCAGGAAAACUUUUUAUUCGAUAACAAAGAAUGAGAAAAUGUGUUUUUUGAGAUUCAAUCGAAAGUGCUGGCAGGAACGAAAAAAACUCUUCGUAUAAGAUUUUUAGGUAUUUCUGAAGCCGAUAAAAUGAGACCACACAAGCAAAAAAGUUAUUACCGAAAACAGAGGCAAACUGCAGGUUUUGGCACUUGUUGGUAAUGCGACGAUGGUUUCUCGUAGUUACUUGAAAAUUCGUAGGAUUCAUACUUCUAAAUAACCACAACAAAAUUGGAGUCGAUUGGUUUUUGAGAAUCUCUAACAGCUGUUUUCCGGCCGCCACUACUAGUUUAUUGAGCAAUAUACAGGGUUAGUUCAAAGGGCAUUUUAUAGCAAAAUACACUAGUUUACUUUGCCGAUAUGAAUCGCAAACCAUUCCGGAAAACAAAUGUUAUUUUUAUGCAAAAAAGGAUGGGUUACGAUUUUUCUUCUAAACAACAAACUCAAACAUUUCGUAAUUGUGAGUAAUUCGCAACUAAAGAUGAUAGACGCAUCCGUUUUGUUUUAAAAUUUGUAUAGUAAUGUAUGUUUUUCAAUAU